UCCACGCUUUAUAAAUAAGACCCACUUACGCGCCUCAUGGAUGGUUCUCGAUUGAGAGUAGCAAGUUACUUUGAAAUCACAUGAAGGCAGAUUUAGGUUUUUUCACUCAGAAUUUACUCCCAAAGCCACAAUGAUUAUUACGAAUAUAGAAGCCCCGCGACCCGAGGAAGUCAAAACAUUGACACCAUCUACUCGAGCUUUAAAAAUACUUGCAGUGAUUUCAGUCUUAAUCUUCAUUAUUUUAGUGGCUGUGCUGAUUGCCGUUGUACUGAUCCUUUAUUUCCAAGUGAGGUGUGUAGAUAAUGAUGCUUGCAAAACAUCUGAUUAUGCAGCCUGUGGUUGUGGACGUCAAAAAACAGUAAUGGCCAAGAUUAUAAAUGGAAAAGGUACAGUGGAUGGCGAGUGGCCUUUUCAAGUAAGUUUGCAGCUGAGUGGAAAUCAUAUUUGUGGUGCAACCCUUGUAGCCUGUCGAUGGAUUCUGUCUGCUGCACAUUGCUUCGAGAACAGGAAUGAUCCAGAAAAAUGGACUGCUGUUUUUGGUCUACGUUUCCUAAAUCAGUUAAACAAACGUGAAUUUCAGUAUCGAGCAAUUAAGAAAAUAAUUAUUCAUCCUCGGAAAACAUCAUCUUCCUUUAAUUACGAUGUGGCUCUGUUGGAGUUGGAACAUCCCGUUGAAUAUACCGAUUUUGUUCAACCAGCUUGUCUACCUACAGCCACAACAUCAUUCACUUCUGGCCAAAGAUGUAUAAUUAUUGGAUGGGGGACAACAGAGGAAAAUGGAAUAUCAACUAGUAAUGAACUUUUGCAGACUGAAGUGAUGGUUUUCAACAAUAGCCAGUGCCAAAGACUUCUACCACAAAUAACUCCACAAAUGAUUUGUGCAGGGUAUUUAGAAGGUGGCAGAGAUGCAUGCCAGGGAGAUUCUGGAGGACCAUUGUUGUGUCAAGUUGAAAAUUCUCAGGUAUGGCUGGUAGCAGGGAUUGUUUCCUUUGGAGUAGGUUGCGGAAGACCAAAUCAACCUGGGGUCUAUGCAAGGACGACAACAUUUCAAAAAUGGAUCAGAGAAAUAAUAAAUGGAUAAAGUGAUGCUACCAGUUUGAGUUAUGGUGGUGAUAGAGAUUUCAUUUGUUACUCCUGUUAAUGAUAUGCACAGGUCUGAUAAUUGAUAAUAGCAGUAAGUGGCUUACUGGUGAAUUAUUUUAAUAGUUCCACCCUGAUUUAUUGAAGUGUGACAAGACAUGAAAUAUUUUGAAACUUUUCUGAUACUAGAUUACAAUUUAUUUAAGACAGAUCAUUUUAAGUUUUUAAUUACAUUGCAGCAUCAGUAACUGUAACACUGCCAGAGAUGCACAUGGCAGAAUAGAAUUCAAAGUUGGUGCCUUCUACUUUAUUCUUGCAUUUGCAAUGUAUUCUUUAGACAAAAUAUAUACAGUUUAUCUGUUAAAUGUACUCUUAGGAGUUUUCAGGAUUUUGAAAAUGGGCAAAUUUAAUCAAUAAUUUGCAUUAAAUGGCUCUGUGGUGCCAAAUGAAUCGUCCAUCGAGAAUGGUGGAAUUUCGUAUAUUACUGAAUAUUUCAGUUCAAAGACAAAUUGCAUGCUGUAGUUAUUGUAAUGGAAAUGUUAUUUUGCAAUAAAAUGUUUUUAAAAUUC